AUGGAGACUUUGUACUGUGUCCUGUUCUUAGUGCUCGAAUGUCCCAACCUGAAGCUAAAGAAACUGCCCUGGCUGCACAUGGCAUUGGCCUUGACUGUGUAUGCUUUGGUAGUGAUGCCUUGCUUCCUCAUCACUAGAGGAAUAAUUUGCGAUAUUAUUGUUGAAUCUCCAAAUGUUGGCCCUAUGACUGAGGAACAUGGGUAUCAGAGGCCAGUAGCUUUCUUGGCCUACAGAGUAAAUGGACAAUAUAUUAUGGAAGGACUUGCAUCCAGCUUCCUGUUUACAAUGGAGGUUUAG